ACCCCUGAACUUUGUUAUUAAUCACCUUUUCCAUUAGCACCAGUUCUUCAGACAUCCUCCAUCAGGUUAGAAAAUGAAAGCUGCUGCAGUUCCACUGCUCCAUUCUGUUGUGAAUUUGGUUAUCUUCAGCAGCUGGAGAUAGAGGUUGCAGGCUUCACAUUUCUUGUGUUCUGAAUAUAGCGUCAGGUUUCCUGUUUCACAGGCGUUGAGCCCUGUUGUUCAACAGCCUGAUCGAAACAUCUUGUGGUGCACACUCCUUGCUUUGGCAUGGAGGGAAGCAGAUCAGAAGUUUCUGCAGCUGAUGAGAGCGAAGAAGUAACAUAUACUUCUGUCAAAUUCUCUCAGACGCCUCCGCCAAGGGCCAAAGCUGCACAGGGAAAAAGAGCUCCCCAUCUGUGGUCAGCAGUUCUGAAGGGCUUGGCCAUAGGCUUUGGGACACUGAGCAUCUCCCUGGCGAUUGCUUUGAUUUGGAAGAUGAGUGACUGCCACCCACACUGCCCUCAACAGUGGGUGGCCUACAGAGGGAGCUGCUACUCCUUCUCCACUGCGAAGAAGGACUGGAAUUCCAGCCAGGAAUCCUGCAGGGCACAAGGAGCUCACCUCCUGGUGAUCAGUGAUACCUGGGAAAUGGAUCUGUUCAAGCGUAUUCAAGCAGAAUGUUUCUGGGUUGGACUGAGGAACAGUACAGGCACUGGAUGGAUUUGGGAGGAUGGCUCUAUGUUCAGUGUCAAGGUCCUCUCUAACAGCCCUGUGCAAAACUGUGCUGUCCUGAUGAAAGAUCAGUUUCAUGCCUCCAGCUGUGAAGUUCCUACUCCAUGGAUCUGUGAGAAAUUGCUUAGAUAAAUCCCAUGUGCUUUUUCAUCUCACAACGACCUCAUCAGUGGUAUGAGUUGAUCAUUAUCCUGCAAACUGAAGCUUCACACAAGAGCAAAGUGUUUUACAAGGACAGGUUUGUUCCCAUGAGGGUGAAUUACGCUCAGCAGUAGAUCUAUUCUCAGUCCACAAGUGUUGGAUUACUGCUGUUUGGGACCAGACGAGACCUGGGACAUAUUCCCUGGCCUAGUCUUUCCCUUAUUUGUCCUAUAAGGGCAAACAAAAGCUUUGUCACGAGGGGUGUCUUCAGAUCUCUGAGGGGGACCUAGUAAUUUUCCUUGAAUUUUGAGCAUCAGAUUUCAUUUCCAUUCCCUGCAUUUCCAUUGUCUGGUAUCAGAAGGACUGGGAAAAUGAAGCCUGCUGUUCACUGACAGAAACAUAUAAAUAGAUAUGGCUGCUCCCAGUGGCAGCCUCUGCUUUUGCAUCUCGGGGGUAUGAGUGGGAGAGAAGAGGGUGAAAUGAAACUAUAGCUUCUGUAAAUCCAGCAGUGAAAAUAAAUCUCCAGGACUGCACUGGA